UGUGUGGGGGUUUUUGUCUGUGUGAGCGUGAAUCUUUCAUCGUUGUGUGCUGCUGUGAAGAUGCUUGCAUGUGUUUGUGAUUAAUGGCGAUUUGUGAACAGUGUCUGAAUUGUGUACGCUAAGGUUUUUUUGCAAAAUUAGUAAGAGAAAUUAAAAACUUCGAUACAAGGGUUAAAUAAAUCAUUGAAAUGCGUUCGGUUGUAGAAAUAGGUGCAAGUGUCCCAGCAUUUCUUGGGAAGUUAUGGAAAUUGGUAAAUGAUCCCGAGACCAAUAAUUUGAUAUCAUGGAGCGCUGGAAACAAAACGUUUGUAAUAAAAAAUCAAGCUGAGUUUGCACGGGAACUUUUACCCCUUUAUUAUAAACACAACAAUAUGGCUAGUUUUAUACGCCAAUUGAAUAUGUAUGGGUUUCACAAAAUUACUUCUGUUGAAAAUGGUGGACUUCGUUAUGAAAAAGAUGAAAUAGAAUUUUCUCAUCCCUGUUUCAUGAGAGGACAUGCUUAUCUUUUGGAACAUAUUAAGAGAAAAAUAGCAAACCCCAAGUCAAUUGUUACUAGUAAUGAGAGCGGUGAUAAAAUUCUUAUUAAGCCCGAGUUAAUGAAUAAAGUAUUAGCGGAUGUUAAACAAAUGAAGGGUAAACAAGAAAGUCUCGAUGCGAAAUUCAGUGCUAUGAAACAAGAGAAUGAAGCAUUAUGGCGAGAAGUAGCAAUCUUAAGACAGAAACAUAUCAAACAGCAACAGAUUGUAAACAAUCUUAUUCAAUUCUUGAUGUCCUUAGUCCAACCAACUAGAGCACCGAGCGGUGGAGGUAACAAUGUUGGUGUUAAAAGGCCGUACCAACUCAUGAUUAACAAUGCCGCUCAUAAUUCUACGACAGAUGUAUCUGAAUCUAGUAAAUCAAAGAAUUUUAAAUUUGACAAGGAAACUAUAUCAGAAGAUUUAAACGAAGAACAUUUGGAUGGACCCACCAUUCAUGAGUUAGCACAUGAUGAUAUUUUACAUAAUGAGACAUCACAAGAUUCUUUGGAUCCUUCUAGUUUCGUAACGGUAGAAGUACCUAUGGAUCCUUCGAAUUUUAUAACAAUAGAGGUGCCUCAUAGAGCAUCCAAUCUUAGUCCUUCUGAUCCUACAGCGGCUUUGCAAUAUCAAGUUACAAUGGAAGACGGUGAAGAAACUGAUGCUGAUGGACAAAAAUCAAUGCAGUUCUAUCCUAUUUGUCGGACUACUGGAAAUACAUUACAAAAACCUGAAACUCCACCGAUUUCUGUAUCUCCAACAAUACCUACUAAUACUGUUGAAGAAGUAGUAAACAACUUAAUGGCAUCUCCUGGAACAUCUAAAUCUAAAAGUCGUAUUAAUGGCAACAAAACUUCUACGCUAAACAAUAAAAUUUUAUUAAACACUACUAACUUUAAUGAUAUGAAUCCGUCUGCUGAUUUAAAACUACCUGCUGAUAUAUUUGCGAGCGACGAUUCAGUGAGUGACGCUGGUGUAGCUGUAAAUGAGGACUUCAAUAUACAGAAUGUGUUGCAAGAUCCACUUAUACCUACAGAGCUUCGUGAUCCUGUCACUAAAGAUAAAAUGCUUGGUGGUAUUAAUAUUAAAUUAGAUAAACCAGUGGUCCCAAAUAAGACUACUUCAAAGAAAUCUAAAAAAGUUAUCAAAGAUGAUAAUGUCGAUUUAAAUUUAGCUGACAUUAAAACAGAACUUCAGGAUGAUUUGGAUUGGAAUAAUAUGUCUUUGGCAACAGUGAAUAAUUCUAAUGUAAAUAGGUUUCAGACCAGGAAUGACAUUGAUGACCACUUGGAAACUAUGCAGACUGAUCUCGAUUCUCUCAGGGAGCUCUUACGAACAGAUUCAUACUCUCUUGACACCAAUACUUUAAUGGGGCUAUUUGGAUCUGAAGAUCCAUUCUAUGGUCUCUCUUACAAUACUAUUGAUGACAGAACGAAACCGACAAAUGGAGUUGAAGGGAAUCAGCUAAUAUCGUAUACAGGGAAUAUUCCAGACUUUGAGUUAAUAUCUAUGCCUGAGUUGGAGCAAGACGAUUCUCAAGAAGCGUGUCCGUCACCGUUAAGUUCCACCCUCAACACGCCUCAGGUUGAAGUCAAUUCACCUAUGCGCACACCGAGGCCAUGAGACAAGAAGAAAAAAACAUAUCAUCGAAAGAAGCGAUCCUACAAUAGUAGAGUGAAGCCGUAAACAAAUAAAAGGACAUCUAAAUUUUUCCUUUUAAGUGGGUGAAACAAUUUCGGCAAUACUGCUCAUUAGAAAGUAAUAGAAAUUUUAUAAAUUAUUGUCUGUAUAAAAUAAUGACUGUUAUUUGUAUAGCUAUCAUAGUUCUGAGAAUUUGGUUAAUGAUAUAUUUUUAUAUAUAUUAGGUUUCUACAAGGUGAUAGCAAUGUUUUUAUGACAUUGUGC